GAUUGGUUCACGUGGUCCGGGGCAGAUAAGCGGCCUCUUAGGCGCCCAGACCAGCAGAUUGCUCGAGCGACCGCCUAGGUGUGUCAUCCGUAAGUGUGGGUGCGAACUGGCGCAGGCAGCGGGCGUGCAGGCUCUCACCGUCCGCCGCGGCCUCUCUGCCUAAUGAGUUGCACCAGAAUGAUCCAGGUUUUAGAUCCACGGCCUUUGACAAGUUCAGUUGUGCCAGUAGACGUGGCCAUGAGGCUCUGCUUGGCUCAUUCACCACCUCUCAAGAGCUUCCUGGGCCCUUAUGAUAACUUUCAACGAAGACAUUUUGUGAACAAAUUAAAGCCUCUGAAACCAUGCCUCAAUAUAAAACAGGAGGCCAAAUCACAGAACGACUGGAAGCACUCACACAACCAAUCCAAGAAGCGGGUUGUGUUUGCCGACUCCAAGGGCCUCUCUCUCACUGCCAUCCAUGUCUUCUCUGACCUCCCAGAAGAACCAGCAUGGGAUCUCCAGUUUGAUCUCUUGGACCUUAAUGAUAUCUCCUCUGGCUUAAAACUCCAUGAGGAGAAAAACUUGAUUUUAGAUUUCCCUCAGCCUUCAACUGACUACUUAAGUUUCCGGAGUCACUUUCAGAAGAACUUUGUCUGUCUGGAGAACUGUUCUUUGCAAGAGCGAACAGUGACUGGGACUGUGAAAGUAAAAAACCUGAGCUUUGAGAAGAAGGUUCAGAUCCGUAUCACUUUUGAUACUUGGAAAAGCCACAGUGACAUGGACUGUGUCUACAUGAAAAAUGUGUAUGGUGGCUCAGAUAGUGACACCUUCUCAUUUGCCAUUGAUUUACCCCCUGUUGUUCCAACUGAGGAGAAAAUCGAGUUCUGCAUUUCUUACCACGCUAAUGGGCAGGUCUUCUGGGACAACAACGAGGGGCAGAAUUAUAGAAUUGUCCAUGUGCAAUGGAAACCUGAUGGGGUGCAGACACAGAUGGCAUCCCAGGACUGUGCAUUCCACCAAGUGUCUCCCAAAACUGAAUUGGAGUCAACAAUCUUUGGCAGUCCGAGGCUGGCUAGUGGGCUCUUCCCAGAAUGGCAAAGCUGGGGGAGAAUGGAGAACUUGGCUUCUUAUCGAUGAACUAGCAACUACUGACUGCUCUUGACCUAUCAUAGUCACUAUGUAAUUUUAGGUCUGUAAUGCUCAAUAUUAGGAAAUUUCUGCUAUUUUCUGUCAGUAGGUUUAGGUUUGAGCUUUUGAGAUGUGGCUAUCAAGAAGAUAGCCGCUUGAGAAUUUAGUGUUCGGGUCUAUAGGGAUGACGCUGCUCAACUUUGCUUUGGAGGAUUGAAUAACAGCCUGAGACCUAUUUUUAUAAAAGCAAUACUUUUUCAGUGUCCUAUUCCCCUUCUGUCUCAGUUUACUAGCUUUCAUGAUGGGCAAGGAAAGAUUGAGGUAGGACGGUUGAUGGAGAUGGAAAGCUGUAUUAAUGGUCUGAGGAAUGUCUGAAAAGUAUAUACAAAGUGCUCUGCAGUUCAAGUCAGUGGGAGCAGGACGUCUGAUACUUAAUUGUUGGUGAGAAAAUGAAAGGUUAUUUUGUGUUUUUAAGUUGAUUUCACAGUUCUUUCUUGGGGAAAUAAUUUGUAGAGGAGAAAAAAGACCCAUUGUAUGUCUUCUUGUGGAGAAAAAAACAAACUUUAGGAUAUGGGGUGGUGGUGGAGAAAGGCAAAUUAUAACUGGAGAAUCAAGAUCACAAGUGGAGCCUUUCUGAUCAAACAUGAUUUAUCCAAAACCAUGAUUUGAGGAAAGUUUAAGCAAAUCUGGCUUUGUAGUCCUAAUGUUAUAAAUGACCCUGUUUGUGGUCAAGGCUUCAUGCUCUGGUUCUCAUUUAGAAUGCUGCCUAACCAGAAACCAUGCCAUCAUCAAUGGCUAACAACUUAGAAAGACUUCAUGUCAUGUAAAGAUAGCUCUUUGCAAAUGCCUUGAUUAAAUCAGAACACUGCAGUUGCUUAGCCCCAAUAUCUGAAUGGUCAUCUAACUCAAAAGUUUUUGGUCUUAUAAGAAGGCCCACUCUGUAGACUGGCAUUCCUCCUGCAGUACUGUUUUAUCUUUGGGAAUAUUGUCAGUGUACACAUUUUCAUCCUUCAUAUUGAAGGUGACUCAUUUUUCUGCCAUGCUUUUUUGAUGAGAUAUUUGAAGUGAGGGCUGACACUAGGAUUCUCUAUGCUAGAAUCCAGUACCUUGCACAUAGAAGGAACAUUCUCUCAUGCCUAUUUUUGUCUUGCUUGUUUUUUUAUUCUUUCUACCUAAUUUCCUUUGAAGUAAAAAUGUUCCUUUUUUUAAUUGAUAUGAAUUGUUUUGGAUGUGUUAUAAUACAUUUGUUUUGGGUGUGCAUAAAUCCAUUCUGUAAGAGCCACCUAUCCUUAAGGAUAGGAAUCUGUGCUUCUAUAAUUGAGUACUUCCAUUGACAGAUGUUCAGAGAAUGCAGUUAAUGUUUAACAUGUGAGAUCUGCCAUGCUGUAAAGUCCUACAGGAAUAACCCUACUGUGAUAGUAUUUGAGGUUUGGCUAGCAUUCACAAGUUUCCUACUGUAAAUAGUUCACUCUCCUAUAGCUAUCCUUUAUGAACUUUUCAUUUUAAGAAUAAAUGUGUUUGGUAUAA